AGCCUAUUACCAAACACACCGCUGUGCUUCCUGUUUACCCUCAGACACAACCAAACCAACACAAGCUACGUCCUCUCUGCGGUGUUUGUGAAUGUAGCCGUAGCGUUUAGUACUCAAAAUGAUUCCUUACACCGUCAACAUCAAACUCGCGGCUCGGACUUUGACUGGCACGCUAAACCUGCAGAACAAACCGGCUGUGGACUGGGGCUGGCAGGGGUUGAUAGCUCAAGGAUGUCACUCCAGUAUCCUCAUCAUCGAUCCCAAAACCACGCAGACCAUCCAGGUCCUGGAGAGGCACAAGGCCACCGUGGUGAAGGUGAAAUGGUCCCGGGAGAACUACCACCACAGCCUGAGCUCGCCCUACUCCCUCCGGCUGGCCUCGGGAGACGCCUCGGGGAAAAUCAUCGUCUGGGACGUGGUCAGUGGCACGGCCCACUGUGAGAUCCAGGAGCACUCAAAACCCAUCCAAGACCUGGAGUGGCUGUGGAACCAGGACGCGUCCCGUGACCUCCUGCUGGCCGUUCAUCCCCCAAAUUACAUUGUUCUGUGGAACGGAGACACGGGCACCAAGCUGUGGAAGAAGAGCUACGCCGAGAACAUCCUGUCCUUCUCAUUCGACCCCUUCGACCCCUCCAACAUGGCCCUCUUGACCAGCGAGGGGAUCGUGUUCAUCAACGACUUCACGCCCGCCAAGCCUCCAGGAAGUACCGGCAAGAAGGUGUACAUCGCCAGCCCCCACGCCAGCCCCGCCCACAACAAGCCCGCCCCCGCCCCGACGGCGCCCGCCCCCACCGGAGCCAAGAAGGCGCUCAACAAGGUCAAGGUCCUCAUCACCAACGAGAAGCCCACAGCCGAGGCGGUGACGCUCAACGACUGCCUCCAGCUGUCCUACCUGCCCUCCAAGAGGAACCACAUGCUGCUGCUGUACCCCCGCGAGAUCCUCAUCCUGGACCUGGAGCUCAGCCAGACGGUUGGCGUGGUCGCCAUCGAGCGCUCCGGCGUGCCCUUCACCCAGGUGAUCCCCUGCGCCCAGAGGGAUGCCCUCUACUGUCUCCACGAGAACGGCUGCAUCACCCUCCGUGUCUGUCGUUCGACCACCGCUCCUGAUGAGGCAGCGGACCCGGAGCAGAGCAGCCAGGAGCUGGUGUACGACCUGCGCUCCCAGUGCGACGCCAUCCGCGUCACCAAGACGGUGCGGCCGUACCGCAUGGUCAUCUGCCCGGUGAGCGAGAACAGCGCCGGGCUGACGGUGAGCGACGGCCGCGUCAUGCUGUGGGAGCUGAAGGCCCACACCGGGCGGCUCCCCACCAACCCAGGGUCCAGCCUGUCCCCCCUCUACUCCCCGGUGUCGUUCUGUGGGGCUCCGCUGGCCAACAACCAGAAGAGGAUCCAGGAACUCUCCCUCAACACCAUGAUCAGUCAAACGCUGAUAGCAGGAGAGGCUCCGCCCCCGUCAUCCAGCCAGCAGGAGGUGCAGCUGAAGUUCCUGCUUACAGGCCUGCUCUCCGGGCUGCCACUGCCCCCCUUCGCCAUCCGCAUGUGCCCCCCGCUGACUACCAAGAACAUCAACCACUACCAGCCCCUGCUGGCUGUAGGGACCAGUAAUGGCUCCGUGCUGGUGUACAAUUUGACCAGUGGGCUCCUGCACAAGGAGCUGAGCGUCCACUCCUGUGAAGUCAGGGGGAUAGAGUGGGUCAGUCUCACCAGCUUCCUGUCCUUCGCCACCUCCACCCCCAACAACAUGGGCAUGGUGCGCAAUGAGCUCCAACACGUAGACCUCCCCACUGGCAGGUGCUUUGCAUUCCGAGGUGAGCGAGGAACAGAUGAGCCAGCCAUUGAGAUGAUUAAAGUGUCUCAUCUCAAGCAGUACCUGGUGGUGGUUUUCAGGGAUAAGCCCCUGGAGCUGUGGGACAUCAGAACAGGGACUCUACUCCGAGAGAUGGCCAAGAACUUCCCGACUGUCACCGCACUGGAGUGGUCUCCCUCCCACAACCUGAAGAGUCUGAAGAAGAAGCAGAUGGCGGCCCGGGAGGCCAUGGCCCGGCAGACGGUGUCGGACGCGGAGCCGAGCACCGUGGAGUCCUCGGUCAUUAGCAUGAUGCAGGACGCCGAGAGCAAGUCCGAGACCAGCCAGGCCAUCUCGGCCAGGGAGCACUUUGUGUUCACGGACACCGACGGCCAGGUGUACCACAUCACCGUGGAGGGCAACGCGGUCAAGGACGGCGCGCGCAUCCCCCCCGACGGCAGCAUGGGGAGCAUCGCCUGCAUCGCCUGGAAGGGGGACACCCUGGUGCUGGGGGACGUGGACGGCAACCUCAACUUCUGGGACCUCAAGGCCCGGCUGUCACGGGGGAUCCCCACGCACCGCGGCUGGGUCAAGAAGAUCCGCUUCGCCCCCGGGAAGGGGAACCAGAAGCUGCUGGUCAUGUACACCGACGGGGUGGAGGUCUGGGACACCAAGGAGGUCCAGAUGGUGAGCAGCAUGCGCAUCGGACGCAACGUCAACUACCGCGUGCUGGACAUCGACUGGUGCACCUCGGACAAGGUGGUGCUGGCCUCCGACGACGGCUGCAUCCGCGUGCUGGAGAUGGCCAUGAAGUCGGCCAGCUACCGCAUGGACGAGCAGGACCUCACCGACCCUGUGUGGUGCCCCUACCUGCUGCUUCCCCGGGCCUCCUUCACCCUCAAGGCCUUCCUGCUGCUCCAGCCCUGGUCUGGGACCUUCACCAUGGACAUCAGCCAGGUGGACUACAAUGAGAAGGACGAGAUCAAAGGGCUGAUCCAGGAGCAGCUCAACUCCCUGUCUAACGACAUGAAGAGCGUUCUGCAGGACCCUGAGCUCAGCCUGCUGCAGCGCUGCCUGCUGGUGUCCAGGCUCUUCGGGGACGAGUCGGACCUCCAGUUCUGGAGCGUGGCGUCCCACUACCUGCAGUCGUUCGCCCAGGCCCGCCUGCUGAGCGUGCCCACGGCCGAGGCUCUGCAGCAUGACGUGGGCCAGCCGGGCUGCCACGGCUACCUGGACAUCUGCCACGACACCCUGUGUGAGAGCGGCUACUUCCAGAAAUUCCAGUUGGACCGCGUCCAUCUGCAGGAGGUGAAGCGCUCCAGCUACGAGCACACCAAGAAGUGUGCGGACCAGCUCCUCCUGCUGGGCCAGACUGACCGGGCGGUACAGUUGCUGCUGGAGACGAGUGCAGACAACUCCAGCUACUACUGUGAUUCGCUGAAGGCCUGCCUGGUCACCACCAUCACCUCCUCGGGCCCCUCCCAGUCCACCAUCAAGCUGGUGGCCACCAACAUGAUAGCCAAUGGCAAGCUGGCAGAGGGCGUCCAGCUGCUGUGUUUGAUUGACAAGGCGGCGGACGCCUGUCGCUACCUGCAGACCUACGGAGAAUGGAACCGCGCCGCCUGGCUCGCCAAGGUGCGGCUGAACCCAGCAGAGAGCUCCGACGUGCUGAAGCGCUGGGCGGAGCACCUGUGCUCCCCGCAGGUCAACCAGAAGUCCAAGGCCAUGCUGGUGCUGCUCUCCCUGGGCUGCUUCCACAAAGUGGGGGAGAUGCUGCACAGCAUGCGAUACUUCGACCGCGCUGCGCUCUUCAUCGAGGCCUGCCUCAAGUGUGGCGUGAUGGAGGCCAACGACUCCACCAAUAAGCUGAUCGGGGCGGCGUUCGUGGACUACGCCCGCCUGCUGCGCUCCCUGGGCCUGCGGGAGGGCGCCGCGCUGUGGGCCUCGCGGGCCGGCGGCCCCGGGGAGCAGCUGAUGGAGGAGCUGUUCCAGGGCGAGGGGGGCACACCGGAGGGGCUGACCCCCGCCAACCAGGAGACCGGGCCGGGGGUCUCGGGGGAGGAGGGAGACGAGGACCGCAAGUUCGCGAUCGUGGAGGAAUGAGCAGGAAGACUCCUCGUGGGAAGAGGAGGAGGAGCGGGAGAGGAGGAGGAGCCACGUUUCUCCUCGGUCUAUCACUGGAAAAAAAAACCUGCGUCUUGUGUACAAAGUGACCGCCACAUGUAUGGGUGUUUGUGUGUGUGUGUGUGUGUGUAUGUCUGUGUGUGUUUGUCUGUCAGUAUGUGUGGCGGCCGUGCAUGUUUGUGGGCGUCCACCUCAGUCUGGUAUACUGAGGCCUGAUAGCUUCCCCAUGCCCCUCUCUAAGUAAGGAGUGUUGUGUACGAUAAGAUUGGGUGGUUGUGCUUCGAUAUGACGGUGGUGACUCCACCACGUGUCUCUCUCGCGGGGAACAUUGUUGUUUUCGUGCACGCUUUUAUUACGGAAAGAUUAUGUACCAAAAAACGAUGCCCCAUAGAUCUAUAUCGUCGUCAUUCCCCCCUUUGGUCACGGUGAAUCCCCUGUACAUAGGAGAACCUUUAUUUUGAAAAUAAAAUUCACUCCUUUGAAGUAGAGAUAGAGUCGUGACAUUGAAGCCUGAAAACAAAGUGAGUGUUUGUGCACUUUUUAAAUUAUCCAAAUGUAUAUUUUACGUGGUUGUGCUUGAGUGGUAUUGUAACUUCGACUCACCCCGUAGCCAGGCCUGGGCUGUCCGGGUCUGUGUGCUUACAGCAGACAGACAGACAGUCCUGGUGCCCUGGCCUAUAGCCUCCUGUGCUCUAACUGUCAGGAGGAACUGACAUCAUCCUGGCGCAGGCAGGCCGGCAAGUGCUGCGCUACGACCAUAAGUACAUAUUCCUCUCUCUCUCUUUGGCAUGCCGUGUUUCUCUCUCUCUUUCUCUCCCUCUCUCCCUCUGAAUCUCUCUCGCUCUCUCUCUGAAUCCCUCUCUCGCUCUUUCUCUGUCUCUUUGAAUCGCUCUUUCCCUCUAUAAAAAGAGGACCCACAGCUUCAGUUUAUAUAUUUUGUUUAAAAAAAUCUCUAUAUAUAUUGACAUGUAAUAUGUUGCACAUUGUAUCGUGUUCUGGGCACAGAGUAAUCUAAUGUGUGUUAUGGAGGCUAGAGAAAAGUAGUUUUGUCGACCAGGAAACCCGAAUCCAAAGUGUUGACUGCAUUGAUUUUUUUUUAAAUAAUUGACAGAGGAGAAAAUCCAGUAUGGACCAAUCAACUUUUUAUGUUCUUCUUGUGCAAUUGUGUGCGAUUGUGUUGAAAUUGCCUCGUAAGAUGUUGUUUUUACGUGUUUCUUUGCUCUCUGGCCAAACACUGACCCGUACCAAGCGUCUCUACGGCAACCCUGAAGGCACUUGGGUCUACAAGAUGCUCGAAAAUAAGUUGUAGCCUACUGUAGACCCGUUUCGUUCGGCACAUAGGGCCUACUCAUUGUAGUUAUGGCGGUGGCAUCUAGAAACCGUUAUGUUGGAACCUCAACCUGUUAAGCCGGCGACCACACAAAGCCGACCUGCACAUCCUGCUCCGUUGAUGAUGUGCACUAUCGUACGAGAAGUAUGCAUUGUAGUCCGACAUCUGCAGUUUUGCUUUGUAGGCACGCUAAGCUCACUACAGAGAUUAAACAUUCCCUUGAUGCAACCGUUUGUGUGGGAAAAAAAAAGGCAGGUGGACGUUGGAGUAUUAUAAAAAAAAAAAGUUUUCUUAUCCGUUCAUUGUUUAGUCAAUGUUCCUUGCAUAUGAAACUGUGUUAUUGUCUUUGUACAUAUGGAGAGCAGCGCAAUAAAAAACGGACCAAUAACGAUA